AUGUCAUCAAACACGCCAACCUCCCCUGGCAACGGGGAUCCCGUCGAAGACAAGAACCGCCCCCUCGACAAGGUUCGGCACAACAGUGCUACUCUUGUAACGAGGCCCGUGUUGUUUAUUCACAGCCUCGGCGGCGAUUCUCAACCUGGCCGGCAAGUUCGCAAUGCGCACACUCUCUCGUAUGGGGACAUGGUCAACAUCGCCUAUGGUCUGUUUGUUCCGGCCAUCAAACAAGACUUGGCCGUCCACGGGACGAAAUCCGUCGCCCACAUCCUCUUUCCAUCUCUCAGGCAUGACAGCAGCCAAUCCGACAUCUCGAUGGAGAUCCUGGAAGUGGCGAUGUGGUACGCCUUGGGUUUGGCACGCAUGUCGGAAAGUGGUCGCCACGCCCUGAGACACAGCUAG